AUGACGCUCUCGAAGGUCUACUCCGACAUCGAGUCAGACGAAGAGGAACGCUUCCACUCCCUCUUCAAAGAUAAGUACUCCAUCGGGGAGAAGAUCGGCGAGGGAGCGCAUGGCGUCGUCAGACACUGCAUCGAGAAAAAGACCAACUUGGGCUUUGCAGUCAAGACCAUCUCCCUGGAUAGAGAGCACAUCCUCUUCCUCAAGAAAAAUUUCACAGAUAUUAAAGCCCUCAAGCACGACCACAUCAUCGGCUACCACGCCCUCUUCUUCGAGAUGAAGAACGAGACCUGCCACCUAGUCAUGGACUACCUGCCCUACCCUGACCUGCUCCACAUAGAGCGGCCCUCCGAACAGACAAACAGGAUAAAGCCUGAACGUCUAUCCUCCAUAAAACUCCUUCUGCUGAAGUAAUACCUAAUCCACAACUUCCCAGGCGAGUACAGCUUGAAGACUUCCUAGUUCCUCACCAUCGAUGCGUCAGCGAUCUCAUUGGACGCUUUCGAGAACAGGGUGAAGCACAAGAAGGACAGCCAGCAGAUCGAUCUGAAGUCCUUCAUGGAUGAACGCACCCUCGCCAGAGAGGCAGUAGAUCUCAACAUCAAACUGAUGAAGUGGCGACUCCUGCCAUCGCUGGACAUCCCACGCAUCCAGUCCGCCAAAUGCCUACUCUUCGGAGCAGGCACGCUUGGAUGCCAGUUGGCUCGCAACCUCAUCGGGUGGGGUGUCAAGAACAUCACCUUCGUCGACUACUCCAAGGUAAGCUACUCGAACCCGGUCCGGCAAACUCUCUACGAGUACGAGGAUACGAUCAACGGAGGAAAGCCGAAGGCUGAGACAGCAGCUGAGAAGUUGCGAAAGAUAUACCCAUAAAUCAACGCAAAUGGGUAUAGUAUCAGCAUCCCCAUGCCUGGCCACUACGUCCGCACAGAGGAACAAAUAAAAUAGGCAUUUAAAAACUUGGACAUGAUCGAAGAGCUCGUGCAAGGGCAUGAUGUUCUGUUCUUGCUGCUGGAUUCGAGAGAAGCUAGAUGGCUGCCGACCGUCCUUGCCAACAAGUACGAUAAGGCUUGCAUUACCGUCGGCCUUGGGUUUGACAGUUUCCUCAUCGUUCGGCACGGAGUCACUCCAGACAAGUACGACCAGUAGAUUUGUAUCCAUUUAGAACUGCAUGGAGAGCGAUUGUGCUGCUACUUCUGCAACGAUAUCGUGACCCCCCAAAACACGAUGAAGGAUCGCACCUUGGACCAGAUGUGCACCGUGACCAAGCCGGGACUUUCCUUCCUUUCCUCCGCCUACGCCGCCUAGCUCUUCGUCUCCUUGCUCCACCAUCCGCUCAGGCACCACGCUCCUGCCAACGAGGACCCUUCGAAGCUGGCCACUACCGAUCUGGGUAAGCUUCCGCACCACUUGCGUGGCAAUUUGGGGGACUUCUAAACAUCCAUCUUCUACGGAAGGGCCUUCGACCAGUGCGUGGCCUGCUCCAAGUUCAUCCUCGAUUGCUACAACACCGAGCGGGACAAUUUCAUGCUGAGGGUGCUCAACGACCCCUCCUUCAUCCACGAAGUAACCGGACUCAAGAAGGAAUUGGACGAGUACGAAAAAAUGGAGAAUGGAAUCGUGGAAAUUUUGGAUGACGAUUUUGAAUUCAUCACCUCUUAG